CCCCUUUAUUUUCUUCCGUGGACCGUCGCGCCACUCCACAGUGCGGACCUCUGCAGAGAUGAGGGCAGUUUCCAGCAAACUCCACGGCCUGCUGAUGCAGCAGCUGAGAGGUACCAGCCAGCUGAAUUGCAAUGCCAGCCUUCGGCCUCUGAGCUCUUCUGCACAAGAGGCCUUCAAAAGAGCUCCCGAGGAAUUGUCAGACCACAACUAUGAGUCUCUUCAAGUGACAUCGGCUCAGAAGCAUGUUCUCCAUGUGCAGCUAAACCGGCCAGAGAAGAGGAAUGCCAUGAACAAGGCCUUCUGGAGGGAGAUGGUGGAAUGCUUCCAGAAGAUAUCCGAAGACUCUGACUGUCGGGCUGUUGUAAUAUCUGGUGCAGGGAAAAUGUUCACCUCAGGUAUUGACGUCGUGGACAUGGCACACCUCCUGCAGACCCCAGGAGAUGAUGCAGCCCGCAUGGCCUGGCACCUCCGCGACCUCAUCAGCAAAUUCCAGAAGACCUUCACUGUCAUUGAGAAGUGCCCUAAGCCAGUGAUUGCUGCCAUUCAUGGAGGCUGUAUUGGUGGAGGCGUGGACCUCAUCACUGCCUGUGACAUUCGCUACUGUGCCCAGGAUGCUUUCUUCCAGGUCAAGGAGGUGGAUUUGGGCCUGGCUGCCGACGUGGGGACACUGCAGCGACUGCCCAAGGUCAUUGGGAACCAGAGCCUGGUCAAUGAGCUCACCUUCACCGCACGAAAGAUGAUGGCUGACGAGGCCCUGGACAGUGGGCUGGUCAGCCGAGUGUUCCCAGAUAAGGACAACAUGUUGGAUGCAGCCUUUGCCCUGGCGGCUGAGAUUUCUAGCAAGAGUCCUGUGGCUGUGCAGGGGUCAAAAAUCAACCUGGUCUACUCCCGAGACCAUACUGUGGACGAGAGCCUUGACUACAUGGCCUCCUGGAACAUGAGCAUGCUUCAGACCCAGGACAUAAUCAAGUCUGUCCAGGCAGUCAUGGAGAAGAAAGACACAAAAAGUGUCACCUUCUCCAAGCUCUGAGUGCCUUCCUGAUCCUGAGAGAGGAAGGCUCCGGGGAGGGUCGGGACGGUUCCCUCAGUGCCGGCUUCCAUGUGGUGGCCCAGCGUAUA